UGCUAUUUAUUGUUGGGUUCAUGGUAUGUUGCUUGUUAUACUCUUAUUUUACUUUCUUAUGUGCAGAUGUAUAAAGGUGCAGCUGCGAUAUUAGAGGACUUGGAAACUUAUCCUCUGAAUGAUGCUGCUGAAACGGUGAAUGAAAUCGGAUCAUCUAUUGGAGGAAUAAUGGGAGGAACAGGCGGGAUCAUAUAUAGUAUAUUUUGUAAGGCAUUUUACGCACAAUUAAAAACAAGCACCCGGUCAGAUGUCACAGCAAAGAAAUGGGCUGAAGCACUCGAAGCUGCUAUUGCCGCAGUUAGUAAAUAUGGGGGAGCCAGUGCUGGCUAUCGCACAUUGUUAGAUGCCUUAAUUCCAACUUCAACAGUUCUCCAGGAGAAGUUAAAUGCUGGGGAAGACUCUGUUACUUCUUUUCUCCUUUCAUCCGAAGCAGCUUUGGCUGGGGCUGAGUCAACCAUACACAUGCAGGCACAGGCCGGCCGAUCAACCUAUGUGCCCGGGGAGAUACUUGCAUCGGUUCCAGAUCCAGGAGCAAUGGCUGCAGCAUCAUGGUAUAGAGCAGCAGCUUUAGCUAUUAAGGAUAAAUGCCAGCCUUCGUGAUUAUGUAUACGCCCUGCCCCUUAUGCGUCGAUGAUCAAUUCGUGCUCCUUUUUUGGCUGCAGAUCAACCAACAAAAUCCUUUUCUUUUUCUUCUUUUAUUUUUGCUCUUUGUCAUUUAUAAUUUAUGGUCUUAACAAUUUUAAGCUUUCUUCUUUUCUUCUUUGCUCUUUGCUCUUUGUCAUUAUGUCUUCAUGUGGUUUAAUGAUUAUUUGUAUUGAUUUUAUUUAUUUAUUUCAAUAUGCCUUUAGAUUUUGGAUAUGUUUUCACACGCAUCUCGAUCUUCUAUUGUUGUUCUCUUAGAUCCUGAAAUUUUACAUUCUUCUUGUAAAGAGAGCCAGAGAGCGGCUAAAAGGACAAAGGUUUCCAAGCAUGCUGUCAUAAAUACGAUUUGUAAUGGCAAUAAUGCACCAUCAAAGAAGCAUGGUAUGGGUAAAGGUUUAAU